AUGAACGGGACAUCGCCCGACGAAUCUCCCGAUUCGACAACUCAGCGGAUCGAUUCGUUCAACGGCGAGCAGAGAGUCUACUUCGUUCCCUUGAGGUGGUGGAAAGAUGCGCAAGAUUCAAUGCCUUCUGAAUCAGUUGAAAAAAGAGAGAUCUUGUAUACAGCAAGUUGCGGGUCGUCUUAUGGAGGCCCAAUGAAGUUGAUAAAUAACAUUUUUAACUCUGAUAUUUUGUUCGAUCUGAGGAGAGAAGGAGAUGCGUUACAGAAUGGUGAAACGGGAGAAGCAAGCGUCUCAGGCAGGGACUUUGCUUUGGUCUCAAGUGAUAUGUGGCUGCAGGCACUAAAAUGUAUCCGAUCAAAUGAUUCUUUUAUGGAAUUUUUCGUAUUUUCUGCAUCUGUUCAUUCUUUGGAGAACGAGUUUUUAAAGAAGAGGCUGAGGUAUCAUGAUGAUAAAAAUACUGAGAAAGGCGUAAAAAGUUUCUCGGCUGGAGGAGUUGACAGAGGUGAUGUUUAUCCUGUACAACUCAGGCUCUCCGUUUUGCAGGAAACCAAUUCAUUGGCGUGGAGUGCACGACUUUCCUUUGAUAAAAUGAUUAAAAAUCUAAACUGGAUUCUGGACAAUUCAGUUGAAUGCUUCAGAAGAGCAUGCAAGAUAUUCAGUUUGGAUUCUGAGCAGUUGCGCAUUUGGGAUAUUUCUGGCCAAACAACCUUGUUUUUCGAAAGUGAUGUGAGCAAUUCCAAGGAUUGUCAACAACAAGCAGAUCAGGAAAUCCUCCUAGAGCUGCAGAUUUAUGGAUUAUCAGACUCCAUCAAAUUGAAGGAAUCAAAAAAAGAAGAUGGUUCCACACAGCAAACCAAUGGGAUUACCAAUGGCAUGAAUGGUGGCACAGUGUUCAGAUUUGGACGAAGUAAUUCUUUGAGCUUUUUGGGUAAAGCUGGAGAAGCUGGAACUUUGGGGUUGACAGGCUUGCAGAAUCUAGGAAACACUUGUUUCAUGAACAGUUCCCUUCAGUGCUUGGCUCACACACCGAAGCUUGUCGACUUCUUUCUUGGCGAGUACAGUAAAGAAAUAAAUCUUGACAAUCCAUUGGGAAUGAAAGGUGAGAUCGCCUUAGCUUUUGGUGACUUGUUAAGGAGUCUGUGGGCUCCAGGUGCAUCAACAGUGGCCCCAAGGACAUUUAAAGCAAAACUUGCUCGCUUUGCUCCUCAGUUUAGUGGCUUUAAUCAGCAUGAUUCGCAGGAGCUUCUAGCUUUCUUGCUGGAUGGACUCCACGAGGACUUAAACCGUGUAAAGAACAAGCCUUACGUGGAAGCAAAAGAUGGAGAUGGCCGUCCAGACGCAGAAGUGGCUGAUGAAUAUUGGCGAAAUCAUGUGGCUCGCAAUGAUUCAAUAAUUGUUGAUGUGUGCCAAGGCCAAUACAAGUCAACAUUAGUUUGUCCUAUUUGCAAAAAGGUUUCUGUUAUGUUUGAUCCGUUCAUGUACCUAUCGCUACCAUUGCCAUGCACAUCAAUGCGAACAAUGGAUUUAACAGUCAUGAGUGCCGAUGGGAGUAGUUUGCCUAUUCCAUUGACUGUCAACGUUCCUAAGUUUGGAAAAUUUGAAGAUCUUCAUAAGGCUCUUGUCACUGCCUGUUCUUUACCAGAGGAGGAGACUUUAUUGGUUACUGAGGUAUACAACAAUCGGAUUAUUCGCUUCCUGGAGGAGCCUACUGAUUCAUUAACCUUGAUCAGAGAUGGUGACAAACUUGUCGUGUAUCGGUUAAAGAAGGAUGCAAACAAUUCUCCUUUAAUUGUGUAUAUGCAUCAGAAGCUGGAAGAGCAGUUUAUAUCUGGGAAAUCUAGCCCAACUUGGAAGGCAUUUGGAAUCCCCUUGGUCUCAAGGCUUUGUGAUGUCGAGAAUGGAUCUGAUGUCGAGAACCUGUACCUGAAGCUGCUUAGUUCAUUUAAGAUGCCUACUGAAUUCUUUACAGAGAAUCUUGAAAACCCAACUGAAGAAGAAGCCACUGAUAAAACAGAUACCGAUGGUACUACUUCAGUUGAGGAUACAAAUUCCACUGAUGUGAAGGAGACUACUGAAUCUCUUCCAGAUCCUGUGUUGAGGCUUUACCUCACCGACGACAGAGGAAACUCGAUAGAAGCUGAAAUGUUGAAAGAAAAGCCUGUAAAUAAAUCCAAGCGGUUGAAUGUGCUUGCACGUUGGCCUGUAAAAGAGCUUGACGUUUAUGAUACUUGUCUUCUGAGCUCCUUACCUGAGGUUUCCAAAUCUGGAACUAAGAGACCCCAAGAAUCCGUUUCGCUUUUCAAGUGCCUUGAAGCAUUCUUGACGGAGGAGCCUCUUGGUCCUGAUGACAUGUGGUAUUGUCCUGGGUGCAAAGAACACCGGCAAGCCAUUAAAAAGUUAGAUCUCUGGAGGUUGCCAGAGAUCCUGGUUAUUCAUCUGAAGAGGUUUUCGUAUAGCCGGUUUAUGAAGAACAAGCUGGAGGCAUAUGUGGAUUUCCCGCUAGAUAAUCUUGAUCUAUCAAGCUACAUCUCCUACAAGAAUGGUCAGACAACAUAUCGUUACAUGCUCUAUGCGAUUAGCAAUCACUAUGGGAGCAUGGGAGGUGGUCAUUACACUGCAUAUGUUCACCAUGGAGGUGAUCGAUGGUAUGACUUUGAUGAUAGCCAUGUCCACCAAAUCAGCCAAGAAAAGAUCAAGACCUCGGCUGCUUACGUUCUGUUCUAUAAACGCCUUGUAGACUAAAGAAACUGAAGCGGAAAAGACAAGAAAGUGAUCAAGAUGAAAGCAGCUCUGCGUUGAGGCUAAUUUACAGAAGAGAGAGAGAGAGUUGGGAAGAAGAGCAAAAGACCGAGAGGACAUGUUGCGGGGAAUUUAUUUUAUUCUUACAAAAAUUGGUAUCUGAUUAUUUUAUUAACCAUAUUCAAUUAGAGAAUAGAAGAAUAGAGAAAAGCCCUUUUGUGGGAUAUGGUUCUAAAUUGUUGUUUAGUUCUUGUGUGUCAGUUUUGGCUCUCGUCGACCAAAGAAGAUUAAAGAAACCUCUACCUUAUUUUAACUCAAUUCUUUUGUUUUUGCAAUGUCCUUUGCUUUCCAAAAUUGUUAGUCUUACUUUUCACUACUUUGAUAGAC